UUUGACAGAUGUCACAUAUGUCAAGCCAGGAACGAGUUUGUUUAUUUGGCGUGCUUUUCUAGUUUUCUGUGGUUAUUUUGUCUCUCGAUAUCAAAUUAAAAUGUUAGAAGGAUGGUACUGUCGGACUUUGGCGAACGAGCAAGCAGCGGCAUCUCAGAAUCACCAGGACGACGACGACAACGACCAAGGAGACUCAGGAUCAGAAGAUAGCCAGGAAGGCGGACAGAACUAUAACAGUCAAGUGGACUACAAGGCCCAGUACCGCUAUUUGAAGCAAAAAUUGAAAUUUCUGCUUUAUGAAAAUGAGUUUUUCCAAGACGCGUUGCGCUCAAGCCAAAGGCGAUUGCUGAAAGUAUCCCGGGACCGCUCGUUCCUCCUAGAUCGAUUGCUCCAGUACGAGAAACCGGAAAACUCCUCGACUGAAAGCGAGGAAACUGAGUCCUCAGAUGACGAUGCCGCCCGAGCAGAGUCUAAGAAACGAAAAUCAGAGGCGAACGGAAAUGCGUCGAAGAACCAUCAGCCGAAAAGGCGGAAGAUGACCAAAUCAAAACAGCAAGCAGUCCAGCCGCCAGCCCCUUCGAGCCAAACAGGACCUCCGCCAGACGGGCACAUGACCGCGGAAGAGGUGGAACGACAUUUGCAGUCGAUACAGUCCAUCACAGAGUUGGUACCCGAACGAGCGCCCGCCACAGUGCCCAAUGAGAUGUUCAGCAACGAACCUUCCUUGGACAGUGAAUCGAAUGAUCAACUCAUUGAGACGUCGCCGAGUAACAUGGGCGAGGACUGUCUGAGCGUGGACAUGAAUGCCAUCAACCAGCAGAUGUGAAGUUAGUGGAUAAAGUGGUGUCAACUCAUUUGAUUUUGUUUAUAAUUAUGCAUAAGGCGCAGUAAAGAUUGGAAUUUUAGAUUAUUUCA